AUGAAUACCCUUCAGAGUGAACAGGCGGGGGCUGCAACUCAGGCUUCAGCUUCGAGCCCGCCCACCACCGGGCCACAAGGUGCAUAUUGGCAACCUCCUCUGUCCCCCUAUUGUCCAACCUGUGUCAGAAGACGAAUCCGCUGCGAUAGAUCGCUCCCAAAAUGCAUCAAAUGCUCGAAGAAAGGUCUAGUUUGCCCCGGGUACGGCCCUCGAUUGAGAUGGGCCAAUGGUAUAGCCGUUCGUGGGCACCUCAAAGGUCGAACCACGCCACACAUUGACAAACCGCCGCCUAAACCCAGCAGCACCGCUUCCAAGGACUCGACCUCGCCCAGGUCUGCCACGUCCCUUGAACAGAGCAGUGCUGCUCAGCCCGCCUCGAUCGUCAUGUUCCCCGGAUUUCCAGAUCCGGACACGAAAUCCCGGCUACUGGAACAUUAUGACAAACAGAUUGCAGGCUUGAUGGUGUGGAUAGACUCCGAGAGAAAUGAAUACCGCCGUCUUGUCCUUCCCCUAGCCGAACAGCAGCCCGUGCUUCUCCUCGCCAUUCUGGCCAUCUCUGCCCAGCACCUCGCGGUCACCACAGGGAAAGAAAUGAGUUUCCCUGCCCGUGCCCGUGACGCAGCCGUCACCAUGAUUUCGAAACAGAUUCGGGACGUGACCGGCCAGUUGGCUGCAGGCUUCGACCUGGACAGUCAGAUAGACCCAGAUACUGCAGUGUGGAUGCUGGCCUCAAUGCUCACCCUAGCUAACUAUGAAAUGACAGAGACAGAGACCGGCGCCGCGGCGGCCGACUCGCACAGGCAGGCUGCAAGGACGCUGGUUAAUGCCCUCGCAACAACAAACCGGGAGAACAACGCUCUGUUCCACUUUCUCCGAAACCAGCUUUCCAUAUACGACAUCUUGGCCUGCACCACCAUUUUCGGACCCUUGAGCACUGUAGAGGUGAUACUUCCAGCCCCCGAUCAUUCCAAUCUGAUCUUUUCCGAAUUCCUAUCUCUCUUGCACAAGGUGACAGUUUGGUCACGAGAGCGGCAUGAGAAGGAGUCAUCAGGAAUAUUCAACCUGGCCGAUCUACCAAUAACCUCUGCUGAUGCACGUGCCGGAUUCGAGCAGGCUCGAGGGUCUACUCUGAUGGCAGCCGGUCUCCUUGAAUUACCGCGAGAUGCACGCCGUCGGGACUUUGUCCGGAUCGUCGACAUAUACCACCAUGCUGCGCUCCUCUACACUUACAGAGUCCUCUUCCAUUGCCAGGUUGAACCGAUCGAGGUCGAAGCAUCCGCCAUGGUCUUGUUUGAGAGGUUGAAUCAGCUCGAAGACAAACCGUCAUGCCUGCAAAACUUGCCAUGGCCGGUAUUUGUUGCGGGCACCGAAUGCUGCGAGGAUCCGGAACGGCAGGCAUUUAUAGCAAGAAUGUACACAGACAUCGCUCAAGAUAUGGGGUUCAAGUACUACCUCGGAAUUCUCCGCUUCUUGCAAGACCUGUGGUCGACCAAGGGUACCCCUUGGACCGAAUUGGCGCGCCGUUACGAGGCCAGCGGAAAGAAAAUCGUUGCUGUUUGA